AUGACGGGACGCAUGUGUCGCCUCCUUCUCAUAACAGCACGAUUUGGGUUUUGGAGCCCGUCAUAUUAUGCAAGGAUCUGCAGGAGGAGAAAACUGAGUAGACUUGUGAAGGCUGGAAUCGCACUUACUAUGGAUUUAAAAGACUAUUACCUGUUGGGCACCUUGCUCGCCUGCAUUUGGCUCGAUCCCUCGAUAGCCCAAGAACUGAUUUAUCCCAUCAGAGAGGAGCUGCCAGAAAACGUGCUCAUUGGAAACAUACCAAAGGACCUAAACAUUUCCCAUACAAAUGCUGCCACCGGAGCGAGUGCUAAUCUGGUCUACCGGCUCGUCUCCAAAGCUGGAGAUAACCCACUGGUGCGCGUCCUCAGCAGCACUGGGGAAAUAUUCACCACAUCAAACCGAAUAGACAGAGAGAAGUUAUGCCCUGGCCCGUCUUUUGAGGACAGUGAGUGCGCCUUUGAAAUUGAAGUGGUCAUUCUGCCUAAUGAUUAUUUCAGGCUGAUUAAGAUCAAAAUAAUAGUCAAAGACACAAACGAUAAUGCACCCAUGUUCCCGUCGCCUGUCAUCAACAUCUCCAUCCCAGAGAACACACUCAUUAACAGCCGCUUUGCCAUCCCCUCUGCCACUGACCCAGACACUGGCCCCAACAGUGUGCACAAAUAUGAGUUGAUCAAUGGGCAGAGUGCCUUCGGCUUAGACAUAGUGGAAACGCCUGAGGGGGAGAAGUGGCCCCAGCUCAUUGUGCAGCAGAAUUUGGACAGAGAACAGAAGGAUACUUAUGUAAUGAAAAUCAAAGUAGAAGACGGGGGCAGCCCUCAGAAAUCCAGCACAGCGAUCUUACAAGUGACAGUGACGGAUGUGAACGACAACAGACCGGUGUUUAAGGAGAGUCAAAUAGACGUGCACAUUCCGGAGAACUCUGGCAUAGGCACGUCGGUGGUGCAACUCCAAGCGACGGACGCGGACAUAGGGGCCAACGCUGAGAUCCGGUAUGUGUUUGGGACCCAGGUGCCACCCGCCACAAAAAGACUGUUUGCAUUAAACACCACCACCGGGCUGAUAACAGUGCAGCGGCUUUUGGAUAGAGAGGAGACUGCCAUUCACAAGCUGUCAGUUUUAGCUAGUGAUGGGAGCUCCAGUCCGGCCAGGGCAACUGUUUCCAUUAACGUGACUGAUGUGAAUGAUAAUCCUCCCAAUAUAGACCUGAGAUACAUAAUCAGCCCUAUUAAUGGCACAGUUUUCCUCUCUGAGAAGGAUCCUAUCAACACUAAGAUUGCUCUGAUUACUGUCUCGGACAAAGACACUGACAUCAAUGGAAAGGUGAUUUGUUUCAUUGAGAAGGACGUGCCCUUUCAUCUCAAAGCCGUCUAUGACAACCAGUAUCUGCUCGAGACAUCUGCUCUGCUCGACUAUGAAGGAACCAAGGAAUAUAACUUUAAAAUAGUGGCGUCUGACUCAGGGAAACCGAGCUUAAAUCAAACUGCUUUAGUGCGAGUGAGACUAGAGGAUGAGAAUGACAACCCACCUAUUUUUACCCAACCAGUCAUUGAGCUGACUGUCAUGGAAAACAAUAAAAGAGACUUAUUCCUGACAACUUUGAGUGCCACAGACGAGGACGCUGGUAAAAAUGCAGAGAUUGUAUAUCAGCUGGGGCCCAACGCAUCUUUUUUUGAUCUGGAUCGCAAAACAGGGGUGCUGACUGCGUCGAGAGUUUUUGACAGAGAAGAUCAAGAUAGAUUUCUCUUCACAGUAACAGCUCGAGAUAACGGAACGCCCCCUUUGCAAACGCAAGCGGCAGUUAUUGUAACAGUCCUGGAUGAGAAUGACAAUAAUCCAAAAUUCACACACAACCACUUUCAGUUCUUUGUAUCAGAGAAUCUCCCCAAAUAUAGCACUGUGGGUGUCAUAACAGUCACAGAUUCAGAUGCAGGUGAAAAUGCUGCAGUUGCACUCUCAAUACUGAACGACAAUGAGAAUUUCAUUUUGGAUGCUUUCUCUGGCGUGAUCAAAUCCAACGUCUCGUUUGAUAGGGAGCAACAAAGUUCAUACACUUUUGAUGUCCGGGCAGUGGACAACGGCAGACCCCCUUGCUCCUCUGCUGCCAAGGUGACCAUCAAUGUCAUAGAUGUCAAUGACAACACCCCCAUUGUAAUCUACCCCCCUUCUAACACUUCCUUCAAGCUGGUUCCUCUGUCCUCGAUCCCGGGAUCUGUGGUGGCUGAAGUGUUUGCAGUAGAUGGGGACACUGGAAUGAACGCAGAGCUGAAAUACACCAUUGUGAGUGGAAACAGCAAGGGCUUGUUUCGAAUUGACCCGGUGACUGGCAAUAUUACACUGGAGGAGAAGCCAGCUGUGACUGACAUAGGCUUACAUAGAUUAGUGGUCAACAUAAGUGACUUGGGUUAUCCUAAAUCUCUCCACACUCUAGUGCUGGUGUUCCUUUACGUCAAUGACACAGUGGGCAACUCCACAAUGAUCUAUGACCUAAUCCGUCGCACCAUGGAAACGCCAAUUGACCGCAAUAUUGGCGUGAGUGGAGAAACUUACCAAAGCGGGGACUAUUUAACAAUAAUGAUAGCCUUCGUCACUGGCGCCCUGGUGGUCAUUAUUGUCAUCUUUGUCACCGUGUUGCUCCGCUGCCGUCACGCCUCUCGAUUCAAAGCAGCUCAGAGGAAAAAACAAGGAGCUGAGUGGAUGUCACCCAACACUGAGAACAAACAAAACAAGAAAAAGAAGCGAAAGAAAAGGAAGUCACCCAAAAGUUCACUCUUAAACUUUGUGACUAUCGAAGGUAACAAACCAGAUGACCCAGCGCACGAGCCAAUCAACGGCACCAUCAGCCUGCCGACAGAAAUGGAAGAUCAGGGCAUCGGGCGUUUUGAUUGGAACGCCACGCCCACCACCACCUUCAAGCCCAGCAGUCCAGACCUGGCCCGGCACUACAAGUCUGCCUCUCCGCAGUCGGCUUUUCACCUCAAGGCGGACACCCCAGUUUCGGUGAAAAAGCACCACGUGAUUCAGGAGCUGCCCUUGGAUAACACGUUUGUGGGGGGCUGCGACACCCUCUCCAAGAGAUCGUCCACCAGUUCGGACCACUUCAGUGCCUCGGAGUGCAGUUCCCAAGGAGGCUUCAAGACCAAGGGGGCGCCCAUGCACACCAGACAGCAGGUGGUUGAUAAAGUGGCUGUUUGGCUCCCAAAUGCAAGAUAUCUUGCCUUUCCUCCAAAGUCACUGCCUUCCAAUCCAGGACACGAGUCCUGCCUCAGACAAAAACACACAAGUGGAACGAGCAGCAGCGACACUGACACAAACAUGCUGCAAAUGUGA